AUGAUUCCUCCAAGUGGACAGGGAGCCCCUGUAGCAAAAAUUGAUCGUUAUUCUAACAAGAAACCUGAUUAUGAAUUGAAGAAAACUGGCUAUAUUUAUAUGUACACAUACGAACGUUUUUAUAACUCGUAUGUAAAUAAAGAUCUCAAUGACAUAGAUUGGUUAUAUGUCGAUGAAUCGGUUAUAAACAAUGGGAAGACCUCGAAGUUGUCGAAUUGGGAGGAUAAUUCUAAAAUUUUAUGCAAAAUUGGAAUGACCACAACCUCUGUGGAAAAAAGGUUAUCAGAAUGGCGAAAUGUUUGCAAACAUGAUAUAUUAAAUCUUUCGCCAGAAAGAAUAGGUAAUCUUCAAUCGUGUUAUGUUAAUAAAACGAAAAAAAUUAAAAAUGAUGGCUCUAAAAAAUCCAUCAAAAAAUUAGCCGAUAUAUUUAGUGCUUUAUCAAUUAAGAAUAAUAAAAAUUCUUCUAAAGAAGAUGUAAUCUCUAAUAAAACCAAUCAAAUGAUUCCAUUGACGAAUUUCCCAUUUAAAUCUUAUAGAAAUGGUGGAUUUUAUAGUAAUGGCCAAGGAAAUUCAACUGUGUAUGAGAUUGAGAGCACUAUACAUAAAUACUUGUGGAAGAGACACGGGAAAGCCAAGGUCUACUGCUAUGGAUGUGAUCCAAAUGGUAAGAAAUACCAUACAGAAUGGUUCAAUAUUCCGAUUGAUGAUCUGUCGCACGUAAUGAAAGUCAUCGACACCUUAUGCUACAAUAAUUCUUUAUAG